AUGGCAUCACACCCAACCCUCAAGAUGACCUUCGCCGCGAGGAGCGAAGCGACGACCCAUCCUCUAACCUCCUAUCUGCUCAGGCUCAUGGACCUUAAGGCAUCCAACCUCUGCUUGAGCGCCGACGUGCCCACGGCGCGAGAGCUCCUUUACCUUGCUGACAAAAUCGGUCCCUCCAUUGUUGUGCUCAAGACACACUACGACAUGGUUUCUGGGUGGGAUUUCCACCCGGACACUGGCACUGGUGCCAAGCUGGCCUCGCUAGCUCGGAAACACGGCUUCCUCAUUUUCGAAGACCGCAAGUUCGGGGAUAUUGGCCACACCGUUGAGCUGCAGUAUACCGGCGGCUCGGCGCGCAUCAUCGACUGGGCCCACAUCGUCAACGUCAACAUGGUACCGGGCAAGGCGUCUGUGGCCUCUCUGGCGCAGGGUGCCAGGCGAUGGCUGGAGCGUUAUCCAUGCGAGGUCAAGACAUCCGUCACUGUUGGAACCCCUACCAUGGACCAGUUUGACGAUGCCGAAGAUGCCAACGAGAAUGAGCCCGUUACAGUCAACGGCAAUGGAUCCAACAUGAUGGAGAAGCCUAUAUACGCCGGACGUAAUGGCGACGGCCGCAAGGGAAGCAUCGUUUCCAUCACUACCGUUACUCAGCAGUACGAAUCCGCCGCCUCGCCACGACUAGCAAAGACAAUCGCAGAGGGAGAUGAGUCAUUAUUUCCAGGAAUUGAAGAAGCGCCGCUGAACCGUGGUCUCCUCAUCCUCGCCCAGAUGUCUAGCGAAGGCAACUUUAUGACUAAGGACUACACCCAAGCUUGCGUCGAGGCAGCUCGGGAACACAAAGACUUCGUUAUGGGCUUCAUCUCACAAGAGGCGCUGAACACACAGGCAGACGACGACUUCAUCCACAUGACCCCGGGCUGCCAGCUUCCUCCCGAAGACGAAGAUCAGCAGACAAACGGCAAGGUGGGAGGAGAUGGCCAAGGCCAGCAGUACAACACGCCAAACAAGAUUAUUGGCAUCGCCGGCAGCGACAUUGCCAUUGUGGGCAGAGGCAUUCUGAAAGCAUCUGAUCCCGUCGAGGAGGCAGAACGUUACCGGUCAGCGGCAUGGAAAGCUUACACAGAGAGAUUGCUGCGAUAA